AUGGGUCCCAUUGCUCAAAAAUCAGCUCUGAUACUAUGUGGGGACUACAUGGAAGAUUAUGAAGUGAUUCUGCCAUUCUUUAUGCUUCAAUCCUUGGGUGUGCGGGUUGAUUGCGUCUCUCCCGGCAAGCUAUACGACGAUAAAUACUUCACCGCCAUCUAUGAUUACUUGGGCUUCGAGCUUUACACAGAAUUGCAAUGCCAUUUCUUCACACUCAACUCAAACUACGAUGAAGUGGCAGUAGAAUCCUAUGAUGCCCUCAUAAUACCUGGAGGCAGGUUCACUGAGCUCCUCUGCACCGAUGACAAGCUGGUCAGUACGGUAAAAAGAUUUGCAGAAACAGGGAAGCCUCUUUAA